AUGGCAGGAAAGUCAGGUAGCCAUGGUUUUGUUGUCGACCUCGCCGAUCCUUUCAGGCUCGUGAAGGGCGGAUGGGGUAACCCAAGUACGUAUGGAAAGACAAGAUCGCCGCAACCGCACUAA